AUGGCUGUUUCAGAGUUUGAAAAACAGAGACAGGCGAAUAUUGCCCGCAACAAGGAAUUAUUCAAGAAAUUAAGCUUGGAUUUCUUAUCUGAUGAUGUUGCCAAAGAGGUGAAACGAAAGGAAAGCAUUAAGUCGGCCAAUUCGCAGAAACGCAAGUCGAAAGUGGAAAAGCCAGUCAUCGUUCCUACAAGAAGAUCAAGCAGACUCGCUGGUGUAAAAUUGGAACCCAAUGACGAUUCCGUGGUGGAUUCGUUUGCGGAUGAAGAAGCACGUCGAAAGGAAAGGUUAGAUGAAAUGAAGAGGAUCCAGUUGAGCGGCGAUAUCAGCCUCGCUGAUUUAUUCCCGAAGAUUGAAGACACAGAAGUAAAUGGCAUGAAUGACGAUCUGCAAAGAUUUCAAAAUAUCAGCAAGAACGUUUCAAUGGGAGACUUCUAUGAUAUCAUGGUUGAACGGAAAAAGUCUAGCAACGCGACAGUGAACAAAUUGAGAGAUGAAUUCAGCAGUAUUGAGAUAUACGAUAAAUUUGUGCCCAAUGAUAUAAAGCUGACACCACAGCGUAUGUCCACGAUUUUUUUUCACCCAACAUCAGACAGAAGGUUGGUCAUUGGAGGAGACACCAAUGGCACAACCGGUGUUUGGUCCUGUGAGGAUUCCAAAGGCGAAGGUGAUGAUGCUCAGCCUGACAUAUACCAGUUCCAAUUGCACAGGAAGAAUAUUCCAAAGUAUGCGUUGCGACCAAAUGAGGCUACCCAAGUAGUUACUUGUUCCUACGAUGGAACUAUAAGGACACUUGAUCUAAGUUCGCUUAAGUCCAAUAUGAUCACCACAUAUUACGAUCAAUGGGAGAACCUCAGUGGAAUCUCAGAUAUCCAGUUUGCAGACGCGAACGUUCUCUAUUUUACCACAUUGAACGGUGAGUUCAGUACCAUUGAUCUCAGAGAGGGAAAGAAGUAUGCUCAGCCUUUCAGACUUCACGACAAGAAAAUCGGCUCUUUUGCUUUGAAUCCUAGUGCUACGCAUCAAGUGGCGUCUGCAUCUCUGGAUAGGUCUCUCCGCAUAUGGGACUUGAGAAACGUGGGCGCAUCCAAAUGGUCUGAAUACGAAAAGGCACAGUCACCAAACUGUAUAGGCUCCUAUAACUCCAGAGUCAGUAUCAGCUGCGCUGACUGGAAUAUGAGUGGAGAUAUUGUUUGCAAUGGCUAUGACGAUACGAUAAAUGUCUUCAACCUGGGGGAUACUUCGAAGCUCACCAAAAAAUACCAAUAUCCAAUACCUGAAAAAUUGCAGUCAGACCAGGAACUUCAACCAGAGCAAAUCCCUCUCAACAUGGUUCCAGACCACAAACUCAAACACAAUUGUCAGACUGGUCGUUGGGUUUCAAUCAUCAAGUCCAAGUGGCAUGCCAACCCGAGAGACGGAAUAGAGAAAUUCGUGAUUGCCAAUAUGAACAGAUACUUUGAUGUCUACACCGCCACAGGUGAGCAGGUGGGACACAUUGGGGAUGAACUACUCACAGCAGUUCCAGCAGUUGCCUCCUUCCAUCCCACCCAAAACUGGAUGGUUGGUGGAAGUGCAAGUGGAAAAGUAUAUCUAUUUGGAGGAAAUCGAUAA